AUGGGUAACAUCGAAGGCAAAGAGAGCAAGCCCGCCGCCGACAAGGCCCAAAUGACGCAGCCGGUGGGCGCCAACGACCGACAAUACAUGCUGUACACGCUGGUGGACAUGCAUGGGGGCGGCGAGCUGAUCCCCUGGAUGCGGUAUGCGCUGAACAGCGGCGAUCACAGUCUGAUCGAUGGGUACAUGGAGACCAAAGUUUGUGUAAGUUGGAAGAUACGAUGGACACGGAGAAAAAAAUAAAAUUCCGCUUUCAGGACAUGACCUACAACGGCGGAAAAGGUCGUCUGGAGUCCGUGGCCGAGCUGGUGAAACGCCGGAACAAGGAGAGAAAUGAGAGGCUUGGAGCGUUCAGUCGAAAGAAAGGAAAGGGGAAAAGCGGCCCAAACAUUUUGGAUGACUUCAAUCAGGAGAACAAUCAAGGCGAUCUGAAAAAAGGUACGGUAAUUUGUAGGCACUGAAACUUGCUGUUUUCAGCGUUGAAACUGCUGGAUGGAGGGAAAGGAGGAAAAGGUGAUGCGAAAUACCGAGAAAUCGUUUGGAAACUCGAUUCUAGAGGUAAGUUUGUGUGAAAAAUCAAAAAAAUGCCUUGUAAGACACUGCGAUUAAUGUCAUACAUAUUCUCCUGGAUAUACAUAUACUUUCGCAUCCCGACUUUUCGGGUCGACGACAGUCCGAAUCAACGCAAAAUCGACUGAUACGGGCAGGUGAAUACACCAAAAAAAAGGUUGUAGGAAUUGCCUACGAAGCCUGGUAAAGCCGUUCAACGCUCGGCGGAGACUUGGCGAAGACUUACAAUAUGUUCAUUUUUUUUAAUUUUAGCUAUUUCUAACUCUAGUUUUCUUCUUUUUUUGAGGUGUUGUAACAUAUACAAGACCAAAAUUCACGGGGAAAAAACAAAGAUCAGUUAGGAUAUUAUUGAUGUGAGUACAUAGAAAAUACCUCAAGAUAGGUGAUAAGCUAUCCUGGGACCCGAUCAAUCUCAUUAUCUCUACUAAAUAGGCCUUCUCCUAGCCUGUAGGAGUCUUGCAUACAUCAUAGAAAAAAUAAUCUAAAUGCUCAUCGUCAGAUGUAUUGCUUUGGUUUGUAAAACGCAGGUGUCCUUUGUGUAGUACUAUACAAUGGUAAACCUGAUCCAGUGGCAGGAAAGGUACCAUUUUGCAUCCGGGAAGUAUCAAAAAAAUGUGGCAAAAUACCUCCCUUUCCAAGUGAAAAACUCCGAUUUCAAAAACACGCCGGCUCAUUUUGUGAGAGAGCCCUUCAAACCGGGGCUUUUUAAUUGGAGAGGGAGGCAUUUUGACACAUUUUUUGAUACUUCCCGGAUGCAAAAUGGCGUUUUUUACCACUGGAUCAGGUCCACCACUGUAUCUAUAUUCUAUUUCCAGGCUCCAUGGGAGAGAGUCUCCUCGGCUGCUGUCUGAUGCAAGGCACCGCCGUCCACAACCAACUGGCCAUCAAAUUGUUGGAGCAAUUCCCCAAACUGGUCAAUGACAUCUUCAUUUCCGAAGAUUACUAUGGCUUAUCGCCAUUGCAUCAAGCCAUCGUGAAUGAGGACCCAUUCAUGGUCAGUUACCUGCUUCAGAAGGGCGCCGAAAUCAAUCAACGUUGCUAUGGCGCCUUCUUCUCGCCGGACGAUCAGAUCAGCAGCAGAACGGACUCGCUGGAACAUGAAUACGUGGAAGUGAACUUUGAUGACACCAAUUAUAAAGGGUGAGGUUUUUUCAAUUUUUAAAUAAAACAAAAUUUUUUAUUUUUUUUUUCACAGUGCAAAAAAUUUUGAGAAAAUUUGCACAGUGCAGAUUUUUUUGGUCUUUGCACUGUGCAAUUUUAUUUUGUCGAGUUUUUUCGACUGCACAGUGCAAAAAAUAUUUUUUUAAUCUUUUCCACCGCAUAAUGCAGAUUUUUUUGUCUUUGCACAGUGCAAAAAAAAUAUUUUUUUCGCAUAGCGUAAAAAAAUUGAAACAGUAAUUUUUUUAAAUUUUUUAUUUUCAAAAAUCAAAAAAAAAAAUUGCAUCGUUUUUUCGGCAAAAACUUUGCGAAUUUAUACUAUGCAGCUCAAAAUCUCGAAUAGGCCAUAAAAAAUUGCAAUUCCAAUCUUUUUUUCACAAUUAGCAAAGUUUUAUCAUUGCACCGUGCAAAAAUCCAAGUUUUUCACUGCACUGUGCGUUUUCCAAGAAAAAAAUUUUUCGCACUGUGCAAAAAUCCCAGUUUUUUCUACCGCACUGUGCGUUUUCCGAAAAAAAUUUUUUUUGCACUGUGCAAAGAUCCAAGUCUUUUUCACCGCACUGUGCGUUUUGCAAAAAAAAAAUUGUUCGCAUUGUGCGAAAAUAAUUUUUUUUUCAUCGCACUGUGCGUUUUCCAAAAAAAAUUUUUUUUGCACUGUGCAUUUCGAAAUACAAGAAAAUAGUCAAAACCACGUUUAGAAAAAUGUAUUUUGGCGAAUAUCCCUUGGCAUUCGCGGCUUGCACCAAUCAAGUCGACUGCUAUCGUAUUUUGCGAGCGCACCGUGCGGAUCCCAACGCUCAGGAUACGAAUGGAAAUACGGUGUUGCACAUGACAGUGAUCCAUGAGAAUUUGGUGCGUUUGGAUUGUAAAUGAAGCAGCAGGCUAUGAAUUUUUUCUCAGUCGCUUUUGAGGUGACUAUCACUGAUAAUUUUUAGGAUAUGUUCCGAUUGGUCUACGAGACCGGUGGAAAAUUGCAAAUAAUGAAUAAACAGAACUUGACACCUCUUACACUCGCCGCCAAACUGGCUAAAAAGACGGUAAGUUCUGUUUAGCGACCAUUCUAUUAGGUUUUACCUUCGUAUUUAGCUAUUUUUCACCUUGAAUUUAAAAAAAAAUAUUUUGUCAAAUAUUUCGAGACAAAUUUUUCCCGUAUUUUACAAGUCCUCACCUUAUUAUUUCACCCAUUUUCAACCUGAUUUUGCCCAAAAAUGACCUUACUUUAGCUGAAAAUCACCUGAUUUUAGAUGUUCGAGCAGAUCCUCCAACUCGAAAGCAACGUAAUCUGGCAUUAUGGGGAUGCAGCUUCCACAGCCUUUCCGCUAGCCAAAAUUGACACAAUUAAUCAAGAAACUGGCGAGCUGAACGAGGAUUCGGCCCUUUCUUUGAUCGUUUACGGCGACAGCAAGGAGCACUUGGACCUUUUGGAUGGACUUUUGGAGGACUUAUUGCAAGCGAAAUGGCAAGCGUAUGGUCGGAGAAGGUGUGUCGAGCAUUAUUCUUGAAGUUGAAAUCGAAAAAUCGAGAAAAAAUUUGAAAAUUUAUUUUCCCGCCAAAAUUUGGCAUUCUGUUUUAUGGGCAGAUUUGGAUAAAAUUUGAUUAGAUAUAUCAUCUAGAAGUCUUUUAGAGACAUUUGACACUUUUUUCCAAUGGUUUUUUCACCGAAAAAAUAGAAAAAUCAAGAUUUUUUUUGCAUUUUUCCCACAAAAAUUCGGUGAUUUUAUCUUUCAGCUGGCAAAAAUCCCUCUCCGCCUUUGUUGUUUACUACCUAUUCUACUUUGUCGCCUUCAUGACGCGCCCAUUUUCCCUCAACACCUCGAUUACGACCGACUUUUGGAUCGAGGAUGGCCAAGUGGACAAUCGAAGCCAUUCAACGCUGAUCCAUCUCACCGAACUGAACGACAUCUACGAAAAAGAGACACACAACCCAAUGUCGACGUUUUUGUACAAGUAUUGGGCCAGCAAGCCGUCCUGUUUUUUGUUGAUGUAUUCCAGACAGGGAUAUCAGGGAUAUGUAAGAACGCAGUUUUUGCACUGUGCAGAAACGGAUUUUUUGUUAUUUUUUGCAAGCAGUGUAAUUUCUAAGCAUUUUUUUAGUUGCACAGUCCGAAAUUUUAGAGAAAUUUUUUGCACAGUGCAUUAAGAGUGGCGACGAUUUUUUUGCACGGUGCAAUGAAAAAGGUGGCAAUUUUUUGCACAGUGCAAUGAAUUUUUUUUGCACAGUGCAGUUUCUGAGCAAUUUUUUAUCUGCACUGUGCGAAGUGUUAGAAUUAAAAGUGUUAGAGCAAAAAUUUUAGCACAGAAUUUUUUUCUUUAAAAAAAACAAUUUUUUGCACAGUGCAGUAAGAGAGGCCACGUUUUUUUUUGCACAGUGCAAUUUCUGGGCAAUUUUUUGUUUUCACUGUUCAAAAUGUUAGAGGAAAUUUUAUGCACGGUGCAAUAAGAGAAGAGACAAUUUUCUGCAGAGUGGAAUAAAAAAAUUGCACAGUGCGGUAAGAGCUUCGACUAAAAUUCUGCUUUUUUUUGCACAGUGCAGCCACAGUGGCAAUUUUUUGCUCGCACUGUGCAAUCAAAAAAUUGUCUUUUGCACCGUGCGGCAUUCGAGAAAAAAACUUUCCGCACCGUGCAGAUAAAAUACCGCCUUUCUGCACAGUGCAGGUUAGGAGAAAAAAAUGAAAAAUGAAAAUUUUAGGUCAGAGCCUUCUGUGAGACCACGAUAGUGCUGCUGGUUCUGAUUCAAAUCGUUAUUGAGAUUAUUGAAAUUCGCAGUGUUGGGAAGAAACGAUAUUGGCAAGUUUUGGUAAGUUGCUCGAAAAAAAUCAAAAAAAAAUGUUUUUGGCAUUUUUCGAUUGUAAAAGCUUGAGCUAAAAUAAAAAAAAAGCAAGAUUUUUAUUUUUUUUGUCGGGAAAAUAAUGAGCACAAUGUCUCGAAAAAACGUCAAGAAAAUUGAACGACAUUGCGCUCAUUAUUUCCCGACAAAUGAUAUUUUUGUUAAAAAAAACUAAAAAUAUUUUUCAUCAUCUCAAUUUUAAUCCCUAAAAAUCACAUAUUUCAAAAAAAAAACUCAUUUUUUCAGAAAGCUUUCCCCGCCAAAAUCAUGUACAAGAUCAGCCUGAUCAUCACCAUACUGGUCGUGCCGGUCCGCUUUUCCUGCGGGCUCGACACCACCUUCAACGCGAUGCUCAUCGCCGAGAACACGAUGAUUUUGGUGGCCGUUAUCUUGACCACAAUCCACUUCCUCUUCUACUGUCGCGCGAUCAAGUUCGUGGGACCGUUUGUCUUAAUGGUAUAUACAAUCAUAACACGCGACAUGUUCCGCUUCUUCAUGAUCUAUUUCAUCUUUUUGAUGGGCUUCUCGCAAGGCUUUUAUUUGAUCUUCCUGACCUGCGAACGCAGCUACCGGACGCACCUGAUCGAAGUGGAGAAUAAGACGUUCGAUGAGGCGCGAAGGAGUGAGUUGACCUUUUGAGUUCUCAAAUUCCAGUCGCGGAAGACAAGAACAUAAUGUCGAUGCCGAUCGAGUCCAUGCUGCGUCUGUUCAUCACCACCAUCGGAGAGUUCACCGUCUUCUACCGCGAGCUGAACUCGUGCAUGGCGCGCGACAUGGCGGUGCUGGGGAAGGCGCUGUUCUUCAUCUUCGAAAUGUUCGUAAGCCUUAUGCAGUUCAAUCUUCUGAUCGCGAUGAUGACGAGGACAUACGAACUGAUUUAUCGGACGCAAAAGGAGUGGAAACGGCAGGUAAACUGAUAUAUAGAAACUGCUGUGUGGCCUUUUCCAUAGAAAAAAAACGAAUUUUAUCUUUUAAAAUUUUUGCGUAGGGCAGGUGGACCAAAAAAAGUCGUAGGAAGCGCCUGCGAGGCCUGGAAAAGCCGUUGGAUUCUUGGCGGGCGCUCGGCGGAGAAGUAUAUAAUAGUAAUAAGACGUAGUUUUUGGAACUUUGCGGUAUUCCUCUCCUUCUCAUUACCCACAUCUGUCUCUUCUUCCGUCGUCAUCCUAGUUCCUCAGAUGGGCGGAUUUUUGGGUCCACUCCUCACAAGUUACAGCAGGCAAUUGCUGCUCUUGUUUGUUGACCACCGCUUUGGCGAUGAUCAAUGCGAAAACAGUACUUAUUUGAGCGUAGUGCGCAAGAAACUUGUCAAUUACCAACCUAGAGAUAAUUUUCAGUGGGCGCAAGUAAUUUUGAUGCUGGAGCUGUCGCUAACGCCCAAGGACCGGCUCAUGGCGUUGCUGAAGUACUCGCGGCCCAUUGGGACGGAUAAGCGGCGCAGAGCGUUCGUUGUGAAUCGGAAGGUGAGUUUGAACCGUUGUCUAUCAAUACGUUGAUAACCUUCAGAUUGAUCCGCUGAACGAGAGCGAAAGGAUUUUGAAGGAGCGACAGGAGAGCGAGAAGAGGAAGGAGAAGAAGUUGUUGCUCAAGAGGAGAUUGAAGGUAGGUGGAGUUGUUUUCAACGUAAGGUGAAACCGCUAUAAAAGGCAGUCAUGUACAAUAAAACCUUCAAAAAAACGACUGUCACGGGUUGCAUGUGUAUGAGGGUCCCUAGUCUAGGUCCUAUAAGUAAAAUACAACGCAGGACAAUAGACAAAUUAGGAAUAUAUAUUUAUUGCUUCAUUAGCACAACCGCCGCAGCAAGGGAGAAACACACAGAAUAAUUCACACUUCUUCACACUGAUUGGUUGGACGAUUUCCCUUCCUUUUAUAACAAUUUUUCGGUAAUUCCAUGGGAAUAUGCAAAUUCUCACGCGAUGUUGUGACACUACAACACAUUAUUGUCCCGACAGACUGAGAUGAGUCUGUAGGGGAAAUAAUGUGGAUUUGUCUGGAGCAGGACAUGAAGUCUGCUGUACUUCAUAAAAUCUUUUCAGGGCUUCAAAGACGUCAAAACGGGUCUCCGUCCAAUGACUUCGUAUCUCACGGCGCCAUCGCCAAUGCCGCCGAGACGGUGA